ACAUCUCAAGUCAAUAUUGUGUAAAAUUUUGUGUUGUGCCUGAUAUUGUCUAAUUAAUCAUUGUGCUAAAAAAAUCAACUAAUAUAUUUAACAGAAAUUUUGGCAAAAGUUGCAACAUUUUGUCGGUUGAUCGGAUUCGGAGAAUUGGAGAAUUUUCUAAAAUUGUCUAGCUUGCCAGUUGGUUGCCUUUAUUAUGAAUGAGGAGUAUUAUAAUCAACUAUCGGAUGCUGAGUUACGCGAUGAAUUACGAAGACACGGUUUACCAAAUAUACCCAUAACUGAGACGACGCGAAAUCUGCUCCUUAAAAAGCUUAAAAAUCAUUUGUUGAAUGAGUCACUUGAAAGGAAACGCAGGCGCUUCGAGACGCUCCUGCCAUCACCAGUCACGCCAAUCGAUGGUGAUAGAAAAAGGCGAACUCGGUCACCGGCCAGGAGGUCUACUGCUACCACCUCUCCCGCAAGAAUACAACCACAAAAUGCGUCUCACUUGGAUUCCCCUGUUUAUGCCUUCAACAGUUCUACACCUUCCAUGUCACGUAAUUUUUAUUCUUUAAAUGGAGCAAAUUCUUAUCUUGGCAAGAAUUACGAACCACAAUUUGGAAACUUGUCGCAACCGUCUCAUAAUUACGAAUCUGGCAAGAAGAGUUCACCGAGAAUUUAUGUACCACCCCCCAUCAUAGCGCCAGACGUUCAAACAGAUAGCCCGCAUAUGCUGAAAACGUCUUCGCCAAUUUCUCAUGAGAGUGACCGGCAAUUUAAGAACGGGUUAGAGUCGCCAAGCGUUGUAAGCCGUUUACUUAAACUCAGAGAUAUUACGAUUAGACGUGGAUCAACGUCUCCUAUAGCGUCUAGCUCCGCGUAUUCAACAAGCAAUUUAUAUCUCUCUGAUUCAGACUCGGACAGUAAUAACUUCGGCAGAUACGCAACAAUAACUAAACGUACUCACAAUCGUCCCUUAACAAAAAAUAUAUUUUCUUUGUUCAAUCUUAAGCGUAAAUUUAAACAAUUAUCUGUGCCAUACGUGUUGGUGACCUCUUUCGGUUUGUUCUUUGCUGUGUUGGCCUUCUUAUAUAUGACUAAGCCUCCGGAUAUACCUAGCACAAUGCUUGAGAAGAGUACAACCUUCACCACAUGUAAUGAACUCAAAGAGUUAUCUGCCAUAGCUAAGCCUUCCAUAAAUUGCAUAGAUAACGACUUAUUAGCCAAUUCUAUAGCACUUAACCGCGAACUCAUGCAAUUAUUGCAGACUAAAACCGAGACGCACUUUUGCAAAGAUCGUUCCGUUAGUCCCGAAGUAAGCGGGACAGAUUUCAUGAAACAUCUUUAUAAAAGACGUUCAACAGAUGCUCACAAACUUCUACGCUGUUUUCAUGCCGCCGUUUACCUAAUCGAAAAGAAUCCACAAUGGAAAAUUGCUAUCUUCAAUAAGUCCGAGAAUGGAGCAUUAUUCGAUAUCUAUAAACAAGAUGUACGUUUUGGAUUGUUGAAGCCGUACUUACCAUUAAAGUGCAUUUUCCUAAAUAAAAUGCAUAGGUUUUUCGUCAUAAUCGGUACGAUAUUUUUAGCGGUGAUACUGAUAUUUCUAUGCCAUGCGAUCAUAAGUUACUUGAGGCAAAAAUAUCAAAGCCGCAUACUUACAAUUGAUAACCUUAUCAAAGACAUUGUCAAGGAAUUAAUGUAUCGGGCUUCACUAAACGAUGAGUCGGGUGGCGAAGUAAUUGUAUAUCACUUGCGCGACAAAUUGAUACCGUUAAACAAAAGACGUUCACUAUUGUCAGCUUGGGACGAGGCCCUACGUAAACUAGAAGCAAAUGAUUCCCGCGUACAAUUCGGUGUUGUCUUGCGAAACGGCGAAGAAUUUCGCACAAUGAAAUGGGCGGAACCGUUAUUGACACCUAUGACCAAUUCGCCUUUGCCGAUGCAUGGUUCUGCUGAAGAACGCUUGAGGAAAAAACAAUGGCAGAGUCCUGCAUUUGAUAAUGUUAAUAAUAAUUUUGAGCCGCCUACACCUUGUCUUAAAGUGCGUCAUAUGUUUCAUGCCGCUGAAGCCAACCAGCCUGAUUUGCAACAAAAUAUAAUUGAAUCAAUAUUAGAAAAAGUGGGCCCGCAAUGUAAGAUAUACGAUAUACAAUUAGAUCGCCAAAGUUGUUGUGUUUAUAUACGCUGCGCUAGCGAAUACGACGCGGGUAUUGUGCAUAACGAAAUUAACGGAUGGUGGUUUGAUAAUCAUCUUGUCUCCAUUAAGUUUUUGCGCUUGCAACGUUACUUAACGCGAUUUCCGCACUGCAGCACAACGCCAAUAACAAUGAGGUCCAUAAAAUAAGUUUUUUUAAAUCACUUUUUGAAAGGCCUUACAAUAAUUCUCUUUCGUUGUUGAAAAGGAAAGAAGGACGGAAAUGUUUAAUACUAAAAUUUAAAGUUUAUAUAUAUAUAUAUAUAUAUAUCAAUAAAACGAUUUGAC